AUGUAUUUAUUUAGAAAUAUUGUAACUGCUAGUUUAGUAAAAGAUAACACAAUCAUCGGAGGCAAAAACAUAAUUGUAGAAAUUGAUGAAUCUAAAUUUAAAGCUUAUGAUAAUCAUUGGGUUCUUGGAAUCGUAGAAAGAACUAAACUAAGAAAAUGUUUUUUUAAAAUGAUAAAAGAUCGAAACUCUUAUACAUUAAAAAGAUUAAUCAAAACUCAUAUAAAACCUGGUUCAACUAUAUAUACAGAUUCAUGGAAAGGAUAUAGUGAUUUGGAAAAUAUGGGAAUGGGAUUUAAACACAGAAGAGUUAAUCAUAAAAAACCGAGUAAAAAUCAAAUUAUAAAACGAAUUCAUACUCAGCGAAUUGAAGGAACAUGGAACGGUGUUAAAAUGAACAUUCUAAAAAGAGAUAGAACUAAAGAAAAAUUAGAAAAACAUUUAAAAGAAUUUAAAUUUAAAGACUUUGAAGUUUUAUCUAGUUGGACUAAACUUCCAAUUAUUAAACCUCGAAAAAAAUCUAAUUCUUAUCGAAUUGUUGAAAUUGAUGCGACUUUAUUUCUCGAAAUCUCAACACAAAAACCAGAAAUCACUUUUUUAACCGAUCUUGAUAAUUUUCAUUUAUUAAAAAAAUAUACUUGGUUUUGUAAUAAACAAAGAAAUACACAUUAUAUAUGUACAAAUAAAAAUAAUCAAAAAAAUUUACGACUUCAUCGAAUGAUUCAUCCUGAAUGGAAGAUGAUCGAUCAUAUGAAUCGUGAUGGAUGUGAUAAUCGGGAAUGCAAUCUUAGAGAAACAACACCGAGAGAAAAUGCUUUAAAUUGUAAAUUAUUUAAAACUAAUACUUCAAAAUAUAAUGGAAUUGGUUUUGAUAAAUUUAGUAAUCGUUGGGCAAAACAGUUAGCAAUCGAGUACAAAUUGGAGCAUGAUAAGAAAACAGGAAAUAGAAAUG